AUGUUUACAUUUGUAAAACAGAUAAAUUUCUUUCAUAUUACACCUUUCUUUCUUUCUUUCUUUCUUUCUUUCUUUCUUUCAUUACUUAUAUAUUUCUCAUUGCCUACUUCUUUCUUUCUUUCUUUCUUUCUUUCAUUACUUAUAUAUUUCUCAUUGCCUACUUCUUUCUUUCUUUCUUUUUUUUUCUUUCUUUCUUUCUUUCUUUCUUUCUUUUCUUAUUAUAUAUUUCAUCUCAUUUUUCUCAUUGCCUACUUUUUUCUUUCUUUCUUUCAUUACAUUACUUAUUGCCUAUUGCUUACUUUCUCAUUUUUCCUUCUUCUUCUUUCUUUCUUUCUUUCCUUCUUUCUUUCUUUCAUUACUUAUAUAUUUCUCAUUGCCUACUUCUUUCUUUCUUUCUUUCUUUCUUUCUUUCUUUCUUUCUUAUAUAUUUCUCAUUGCCUACUUCUUUCUUUCUUUCCUUCUUUCUUUCUUUCAUUACUUAUAUAUUUCUCAUUGCCUACUUCUUUCUUUCUUUCUUUCUUUCUUUCUUUCUUUCUUUCAUUACUUAUAUAUUUCUCAUUGCUUACUUCUUUCUUUCUUUCCUUCUUUCUUUCUUUCAUUACUUAUAUAUUUCUCAUUGCUUACUUCUUUCUUUCUUUCUUUCCUUCUUUCUUUCUUUCAUUACUUAUAUAUUUCUCAUUGCCUACUUCUUUCUUUCUUUCUUUCUUUCUUUCUUUCAUUACUUAUAUAUUUCUCAUUGCUUACUUCUUUCUUUCUUUCCUUCUUUCUUUCUUUCUUUCUUUCUUUCUUUCAUUACUUAUAUAUUUCUCAUUGCCUACUUCUUUCUUUCUUUCCUUCUUUCUUUUCUUUUCCCUUAUAUAUAUUUCUCAUUGCUUACUUCUUUCUUUCUUUCUUUCCUUCUUUCUUUCUUUCAUUACUUAUAUAUUUCUCAUUGCCUACUUCUUUCUUUCUUUCUUUCUUUCUUUCUUUCUCCCAGUUCUUUCUUUCAUUACUUAUAUAUUUCUCAUUGCCUACUUCUUUCUUUCUUUCUUUCUUUCUUUCUUUCUUUCUUUCUUUACUUAUAUAUUUCUCAUUGCCUACUUCUUUCUUUCUUUCUUUCUUUCUUUCUUUCUUUCUUUCUUUCUUUCUUUCUCCCAGUUCUUUCUUUCAUUACUUAUAUAUUUCUCAUUGCCUACUUCUUUCUUUCUUUCUUUCUUUCUUUCUUUCUUUCUUUCUUUCUUUCUUUCUUUUCUUUCUUUCUUUUCUUUCUUUCUCCAGUUCUUUCUUUCAUUACUUAUAUUUUCUCAUUGCCUACUUCUUUCUUUCUUUCUUUCUUUCUUUCUUUCUUUCUUUCUUUCUUUCUUAUUACAUAUUUCUUUCUUUCUCGUUACAUAUUCUUUCUUUCUUUCUUUCUUAUUACAUAUUUCUUUCUUUCUCCUUCUUAUUUCUUUCUUUCUUAUUACAUAUUUCUUUCUUUCUAUCUCCUUAUAUAGUUCUUUCUUUCUUUCUUAUUAUAUAUUUCUUUCUUUCUUUCACCUUCUUAGUUCUUUCUUAUUACAUAUUUCUUUCUUUCUAUCUCCUUAUAUAGUUCUUUCUUUCUUUCUUUCUUUCUUUCUUUCUUUCUUUCUUUCUUAUUACAUAUUUCUUUCUUUCUUUCUCCUUCUUAGUUCUUUUUUUCUUUUAGUACAAAUUGUCAAUUCAUUUGUCACAUCUAUCUAUCUAUCUAUCUAUCUAUCUAUCUAUCUAUCUAUCUCAGCCUUUUUCAUAUCUAUCUAUCUAUCUAUCUAUCUAUCUAUCUAUCUCAGCCUUUUUUAUUUCUGUCUAUCUAUCUAUCUAUCUCAGCCUUUUCAUUUCUAUCUCUAUCUAUCUAUCUAUCUCAGCCUAUUUUCUAUCAUUUCUAUCCUAUCUAUCUAUCUAUCUAUCUAUCUAUUCAUUCAUCUAUCUAUCUAUCUAUCAUCUAUCUAUCUAGUCUGUUCCAUCUUCUAUCAUCUAUCUAUCUAUCUAUCUAUCUAUCUAUCUAUCAUCAUUAUCUAUCUAUCCCCUAGUCUGUUCCUUAUCUAUCUAUCUAUCUAUCUAUUUAUCUAUCUAUCUAUCUCCUCGCUGGUGUGCCAUAAAACAAACCAUACCAAACCUUCUUUCUCCUUCCUAUCUAUCUAUCUAUCUAUCUAUCUAUCUAUCUAUUUUAUAUACUUUUGUUUAUCAUUCGCACAUUUAUCAUAA